UAGUAUUUUCUGUUUACGAAGUUGGCUGAGAUAUUGGCGUACAGUACUUUUAAAUUAAUUAUAUUAUAUAUUUAGGGCGAUAUCAAUGUCAAAGGCAUAUAAAUAUACUAGAAGUUAAACAUUUUUUAGGUUACAUUUAUACAGUCCGAAACUUUACAGUAUUACGUAAUCAUUACUGAAAGGUGAAAACGUCGUAAACAUUCAGGAAUCGUAACCAUUUCCGAGAAUGCGCUACGUUUAUCUGUCAAAGAGGCCGUGGUUGAAGUGGACAAAGAUUUGGAGUCGUAAUUUACAAUAUUUACCAACGAUGUCUGCCAAUUCGCCACCCGGGACAAGCGAUGGAGAAGACUCGCUAGAUGCGUCUACCGUCCCGCCAAAUCAUAUAGAAACUAUGGGCGCCCGCCUUCGGGAUUUGGAUGUAGAUUCUAUCCGUAGAUACUUGGCUCAAAAACUCGGCUUCUAUGAGCCCACGGAGCCCGCAGCGCCGGUAGAAAAGGUUUUGGAUGAAGUCAACCUAGACGGCAUCGUGAAAUGGAUCAAAGGAUCGCGAUGCAAAAACAUUAUAACAUUGGCGGGAGCGGGCAUUUCUACGUCGGCUGGAAUCCCAGACUUCAGGAGUCCAGAAACGGGUCUCUACCACAACUUGCAGAAGUACAACCUCCCCGAGCCGCAGGCCAUUUUUGAAAUCAACUUCUUCCGUCAGAACCCCAAACCUUUCUUUCUAUUAGCCAAAGAGCUGUUCCCGGGAAGCUUCAAGCCUACUGUGUCACACUAUUUCAUCAGGCUUUUACAUGAGAAAGGGCUUCUUCUCCGCCACUACACUCAAAACAUCGACACCCUAGAGCGCGGCGCUGGUCUCCCUGAGGAGAAGUUAGUGGAAGCCCACGGCACGUUCUACACGUCUCAUUGCAUCGACUGCAGGAAGGAGUAUCCGCUUGAGUUCAUUAAAGAGCGUAUAUUCUCGGACCAAAUCCCCAUCUGCACUGCAUGCCCCGGCGUAGUUAAACCUGACAUCGUCUUCUUCGGGGAGAGCCUGCCGGACCGCUUCCAAGACUGCCUGCAGGAAGACUUCCAGCACUGCGACAUGCUCAUCAUCAUGGGCUCAUCGCUGGAGGUGCAGCCGUUUGCUUCCCUCAUCGACAUGGUGCCCGAGUGGUGCCCGCGCCUGCUGAUCAACCGCGAGCGGGCGGGGCUGCGCUCGCCGCUGCUGCGCCUGUGGGGGCUGGCGGCGGGCGGCCUGCAGCUGGACGCCGGCGCCACCCGGGACGUGGCGCGCCUCGGGGACUGCGACGCCGGCUGCCGCGAGCUGGCCGACAGGCUCGGCUGGGGGGAGGAACUCCAAGCCCUCGUAGCCUCCGAGCACGCUCGGCUGGAGCUGUCAGGCUCGCUGUCCGCGCCGCACGCCCCGCACGCCUCGCACGCGCCGCACGCCCCGCACGCGCCGCACGCGCCGCACGCCUCGCACGCGCCGCACGCCUCGCAUGCGCCGCACGCCUCACACACCCCGCACGCACCGGAGCCAGGCGUCAGUUCACCACUAGACCCUAAACUGUGAGCAUAAAGCUAAGGUCUGAUGUACGAAUACUUCGCCGCACCCACACUGUUCGUUUGCUCCUGAAUGUGGAUGUGCGCAUGUACAUUUUCAUAUAGGUGAAAUUUUCUUUCGUUUAAGCCGAAUGAAAUUAAAUUCAUGUGUAGUCACAGAAGGCAAUGUUUCUUAUAAGCGACGCGGUUAGCUAUCGAAUCCAUCAAGAGUGAGAAGCAACAAGCCCGUUUAAAAACCAAUUUUACCGUUCUGUUAUUAAGAUUCAAAUUCAUAUAACAGGUAAUUCGUAGAUAACUCAACACCGAUACGAUCUUGGACAAAAAAAUGAUGUUAUUUGCGAUCGUCGAAUUUCAUAGCUUUGCGCAAAUUUGAUUCAUUAAAAAAAAUACGCCGUGAAACUACAAAAAAACUUUAGUAUGAAAAAUUACUCAUGCGCAAUGAUUUUCCAGUAAUAAUGGACAAAGGUCCUUUUAUGAGCUGAAAAGCUAUUAAUUCUGUCAAUAACCAGUGUUCGCACAAAAGAAGAAGCAUUGUCUUAUAAAUACAAAAGUAUGGCCAGCGGUGGCAGCAUGGUUGCAUUUUUAUCGCCUGUCACUUUCGUACUUACAUACUUGUUAGAACGUGACAGGCAUGCUGACAGGCGAAAAAAAUGCAACCGUGCUGUCGCACCAGGACAAAUAAUCGAAAUCAAAUAUUUACAAUAUAUAUGGGAAAACUACGUGACCCCAUACCAUCCUAUGGAAAAAUAAUACAUAAAUACAAUGUUAUUUUGGACGUUUAUGUUCACAAUUUUUGCGUCUAUGUUAAGUUCUUAUUUAGUUUAAAUAUAUUUAUUUAUUUGUUGACUUAAACUCAUGAUUAUAUCAAUAAAAUGAAAUUUAUUUUUGAGUUUGGUAUGCAAAGGGUGGUUGCGUCACUUUUAACAAUAUUAGGACAAAUCCCGGUAACAAGCCAAAUAGUGAUUGUUUGAGUGUUUUUUUUUUUUUUAUUAAUUAGGAGAGUCCACACAGAGCGAGCAUACGCCGCGCGAGGGAAUUUCCUCGCGCCCAAAACGGCCAGUGUAGACGUGCCUCGGCCAAGGCGGCGCGCUCGGGCGAGGAAAAAGCGCGCGCCAUAUCGAAAUUGCCUCGCGCGUAUGCUCGGUCUGUGUGGACCUAUUGAGUAAUAUCGUCAUUUUGUUAAAAUUAAUUUAGAAACUCUUUUACCUUUUAAAAUGUGCUGUAGCAAACUUUAGCCAAAAAUUAAUUCAGCGCAACUUUUAUUGUAACUUACAAUUCCUAUUUUUAGCAAGCAUUUCAUUAAUUGACCAAUUAUAAGCCUUUUUACGAUGGCAUAGGGUUCAUUUAUGGUCACAACGUGUCUUCAUUUUAGACAAUUGAAAGUCAUAAAUGCAUCAUUUAUUUAUAUCAAAAAUAUGUAUUAGCAUUAAGUACUUAUUUAUACACUGAAUCUUUAGGUAUUUAAAUCAAAGUAAACAAACAAUUUGUACAUUUUCGGGUAGUUAGAAUAUUUAUUGGUUAACCAACCAAAUACAAAACCGCCUGGAUCUGUGACUGAACGACCUGACUUUAACCUACAUUAUUUGAUCGUGUAAUGUUUUCAUCUACCCUCAACUAGGUUAAGGAGCCAUUUGAGGGUAGAUUUUGCUUACUUUUAUUUAAAUACCUAAAGAUACAGAGUAUAGUCACCUUUGCUAUAGUACUAAGACGCUAUUUGGAAUACUUCUGAAUGCGGUACCUGUUUUUUAAGGCGGGUUGAUGUACGACUUUCAUCGUGCUUAGCGUCCUUACUUUAAAAAUAGGUACAUGUUUUACCAGCUUAGGCACACUGUUAAAUAUAUCGCUCCGCUCGCCGUGGUAUAUCAUAAACUCAGUGUGUGAAAAGCCUUUCUUUCAUCUUAGGCGCUUGGCACACUGUAUCCGAUUCGCACGUCGACGUGCGAGCGGGAUGUCGCUAUAAUAAUAAUUUAGCGUGUAAGUGCUUUGGUGUAAUGACAUACUGUAAACUUGCAUUGUAUUUAAGUGAAUAAAUGAAAUAAAUAAAUAAUGUGCGCAUAGCGUUGUCUCACUCAAACAUCGGUGCGACGUGCGAAUCGGAUGCAGGUGCCAUGCGCGUUAGCGUAUAUCCCGGUUGCAUUCCAAAGGUACUGAUUUGGAAUCCAGGGUCCGCUAAGUAGUCUAUUUCAUGAUAAUAGUGCCUCGUAAUAUAACUUUAAUUUAUUUUAUUUUAGGACGUUUUAAUAAGUGUUUUUUCAGUUUUAACCCUUUGAACGCCAAGAGCCACUAAAGUGGUCGUGUGCCGUCGUGCCUACCACGCCAACGACCACUAAAGGGGUCAUGGCAGACGCUGUCAAAGCAAUUUUACUGUUGACAGAUAAGGUUUAAAUUCGUUUCUCACUAGUUGAGAUGGUGGCAUGUAUGUCACAUUUUGAUGCGAGAGAGAAAGCGUUCAAAAGGUUAAUAUUGGAUGAGAAAAGAAUUAAUUUUAUGAAAUAUUUAUGCUGAUUUGGGAGGGAAUAAUUCUAAAUUGCAAUGAGGUUUUAAGACCGGUGUUUUCACUGGACGGGGAUGUUAGGCCAUGAGCUCUAAAACAUCAAGGAGAGGUACCCAACUGUCCGGUUCCGAUUUGAUUUAUAUUUAAAUAUGUUAUAGAGUAGUCUAAAAUAACGGACACGUAUUUUUUCUUAGCUGCCCAAACUCAACCUAUUGGGAGAAAUUGUCCUCCAAAGUACAAAAAAAUUACUAAAUCUUGUAACUCCUAUAUAAAGUGAUGCUCAAGCAACUUGCUAGUUAAUGGCUGGUUUGAGUAUAUGUUUGAGAGCAGGAAAAAAUAAUGAGCACGAGUUUUGUUAUAUCGGCUGAAACUAUCUUUUCCUAAAAAAAAAAACGACAUUCGAAGUUUUAUACUAUCUUAUUGCUAAAGAUACACAUAAAGACGGGUGUUUUUUAGGAAAACUUGAGUUUAAGCAGAUAUAACAAAACACGUGCUCAUUAUUCUUUCCUGCUCUCAAACAUAUACUCAAACAAGCCAUUAACUAGCAAGUUGCUUGAGCAUCACCUUCUAUAGGAGUUAGAAGAUUUAGUAUUUUUUUAAUACUUUGAAGGACAAUUUCUCUCAAUAGGUUGAGUUUGGGAAGCUAAGAAAAAAUACGACCGUUAUUUUAGACUACUCUAUAACAUAUAUAAAUAUAAAUCAAAUCGGAAUCGGCCAGUUGGGUACCUUUCCUUGUUAGAUAAAAUUAAUCCAUUUGAGGGCUUACCGUGAACACCGAAAAUCGAAAUUUCGUUUUCUGCCUCUAUCACACUUCCUUACUUACUCCGUUGGCUCAGCGACCCAAAAUGAGACUCGGCCUCCGACACAAGACAGCGCCCCUUUUCUCGGUCCUGUGCGACCUCUCGCCAAUUGUUGACGAAGUUCGCACAGAUCCUCCACCAUGUCGCUCCAGCGAUACCUGGGGCGUCCGAUAGGACGUGCUCCUAGGCGACCCAGGCACGCUCUUUUUACGUUCCGAUCUUCCUUUCUCUCAAGAUGGCCCAACCUAUGGAGUCUGUGGACUUUACUUUCUUCCAUGAUGUUAGGUUCAGCCACUAGGUCUUCGGUCGCACGGUUCUUUUCUUUAUCACUCUUAGAUAUUCCAAAUAGACAAACGAAGUGGUUCGCGGUAGGUCUCUUGGUUCUAACAUUAAUCCAGCGAUAGAUUGGAAUAUCUUAAACACCGGUCCUAACGUUCGCUAAAUUUUAUCGUAUGGAAAGUGUCAAAUAGUAUUUUUCAAACAUGAAGAUUUGGUGUUUUUAGGUUAUAAAUUGUAGGUGACACCUAUAAGCAUACUCUUCUUGUUUGAAACAUACUACAGCUCGUUGCGGAUUGACGUUGAUCCGUUUGUCGAUGGGGUUGACACAAGGGUUGUAUAGAUGGCGCCAGAGGUUUCCCCUGUCUCUAUAGGAAUUGGCUUAAAUUUGAUACUAUUCGUAGGAAUAACAGGUUUCCAUACAUGAGACAGAACAUACGCAAUGCGACGAAAUUAAAAACACGUUUGAUCUUUCCUGACAACAUACUAAAAACAACCUACGUAAUUUGGUCGGGUUAUUUGUUGCCCACCAUAAAACGGCAACAAAAAACGUCUACGUCACUUAUGACUUUUUAGAAGAAGGCAGAAAGGAAAAGUGAGACUAUGACAAGGACAAACAAUAAUAGCGCUUUCUCUGCUACUCCAACUGAAAGAUACACGAGACUAUCCCGUUCUGUCCAAUCCAUGCUAAAUACUAGAUUCAUGUGUAAAACCUAUCCUGGCUCCAUCUGUGAAAUACUUCGACCUUUCAACGCCAUUGUGGUCGGUGCAACUGGCCUUACAGAAAUAUUGUUGUUUGUCAAGAUGCUGUGUGUUUUACUUUUGUUGUUUUUUGUAUAAAUUAUAUCACAAAACUGAUGUAAUCAAAUGUCUUAUGAUGCAGAUGUGUAUGUAUACUAUUAUAAUUAUAUCUAAGAUGUGUAUAAUUAAUAAUUAUAUAUUAUGAUCAUGGAAUUGAUAGCUGUAUUUACUGUAUCCUGGCCCUUUAAUAUAAGUAAUGCUUAAAUAAGUCAUACUUAGAUAUAAACUUCGUAUAUAUUCCCUGAUUAAAAUUUUAGUAAUUUCGAAUCAGUUAAAAUGAACUAUUACUAAAAUACAUAAAAUAUUCUACGAUCCAUUUUCGAUUGAUUAAGAAAAAUUUUUAUUUUUAUGUACUUGACUUUAUUUAUACAGGGUGAUUUUCUUAGAUCUAUCAUAAUCUAAGGGCCUGAUUCGCGAUGUCCAAGUAAAGUCCUGAAUAAUCUACUUGCCAUCUUCAAAUAAGCUUAACUGGUAGAUAAAGUGCUAAGUUUAGUGAAAAAGAGAACCUAUACUGGUCAACCAUGAAAUCAAAAAAAGGGGCCUAGCCAAAAUCGUUUGUAGUAAACGCCAAUCAAAACUUAUGACGUAUGGAAAUUGUGAUUUGCCAAAAUAACUAGACAUAGCAAAAUCACCCUGUAUAUUUCUAAGUCUAUUCAAGUUACCUGCUUAUGAAUUAGGAACCACUAGGCCAGGCAAAUAUAAAGUGCUGCUUAUAUUAUUACAUUUUUUUUUAAAUUGGUGUGAGUAAAAUUAUUUUCUCAAAAAUGUAUUCGUUCGUCACGGAUGUGCCAAAAAUAUGUACACUACCCCAGAAUAAAUAAUAGUACUAUCGUACAGAAACUUCCAAAAACCGAAGUUUGACAGCGAUUCAGGGACGAAUUGUUCUGUCCCUUUCUAAUGUAUGGCACUAUCCCUUUCGGCCAUUUAGGGUUGAAAAAUUCAAGUCGUUAUCUGUGGUCGUGCACGUAUAGGGACGUCAAGUUCUCAAGUGUUGCCAACCCUAAUAAUUGCUCGGAGCUCUGAGCCGAACGGACCCGGUAAAAGCCGAAAGGACACGUGUCGCCUGACACUACCUUAAUGUAUGGGCAAAAAGGUCGUGUAGACAUAUUUUUAGCACUUUGUCCGUGUCGAUAUUUAAUGUAGUUUGUGUCAUCCACGAUGACACAUUUGUCAAAUCUAACCUUCAAUAACAUGACAUUACAAGUCAAGGCACGCGUCUUCCUGAAUGACACGAUCUAUACCUUGACUGUGCGGUCUCUAUCAGAUAUAUCGGAGCGGCCAAGGUGCUCACAAAUAUCUGAACACGCCUCUAUUGUCUAUGCUUUUACUCUAUACAGUGCAUGUUCAGAUAUUCGAUAUAUCUGAUUGCGACUGUAUAUAUUAUUCUACCACAUGUUUUUGCUGAAGCUUAUCAAAUGUGUAAACGCACUUUUAUUCAUAUAACUUAUGUAAUAGAAGUGAUUGUGUAUCUGGCUAGUUUUGCUAUUUUUCCUAUCUUCCAAAAAGGGUCAAUCAAUUAUGUGAUCGUAGCCGGCAAAACGUCCCACUUUCUCCCUUGCCAUAAGGACGAGAUUUGCUUGUAUCUUUAAUCGAAGAACCUGAUAAGGCGUCCUUAUGGCAAGCGACAAAGUGGGACGGUUUGCCGGCUGCGGUACUUAUUUAGCGUACUGUAAAUUGAUAAAGUGGGGAAUGCUCGACCGUUAUUAAUCUAUGUCAAAAGAAUGUCAACUCGGGAAGAAAUAUCUGAGCGGGCGAGAUGUUCAAAAUGAUCUAUUACAGGUAGUAUACUCUUUUAACAAUAAAGAUGUGUAAAGUGCCAAUUACAUCAACACUUUAUCAGGCCUGAUAUCAGACCCGAUUUCGGGCCCGAGCAAGAGUAUUUUUCCGUUUCACCAAAUAUCAGCACAUCGUUUACAAUAUUUGAAAUGUGAAAAAAUGUUUCAUAUGCAAAAAUAUCAAACAUUGAACAUUUUUGGCAAUUAGAGACAAAGUAUAUUUUACAUUUCAAAUAUUGUUAACGAUGUGCCGAUAUUCCGUGAAACGGAAAAUGAUCAUCAGGCCCGAAAUCUGAAAUAUAUAGUCUAGCAAAUACAAAUUGUCAGUGAGUAAGAAUCAGGAAAACUAUACUCGUCCUUUUCUUUUGGUUUUCGUCCUUUACUUGUACUAGCGUAAGACAAAGCCAGUAUGAUUCUCUGUUUAUGUUUGAAAUGAGAUACUGGGCAAAACUAUAAGUUUAAGCAGUGGCGUAGCUAGUAGGCGUGGGCGAAUGGGGCCCUCGCUCACGGCCUCGCAAAGCCAACCUUUUUACCUUGGGAAAUAGUACAUUGUGCAACGAGGGGGGUAAGUGACAUUUUGGAAGCGAGGGUGGUCACACUUGCGAAGAAAAAAUUAAAUUUUAGGUGAAAUAAUUCUUAAAUACGGUGACAUUUCAAACAUUCGUCCGCCAUAUUGUCAUUCUUUGACAGGUUAGGCAUCGAAGGCACAGAGUUAUUCGGCAUUCAGCCACUAUUGAAAAUUAUGUAAAAAUAUUUUAAACUGCUAUUUUUCAAUAAAAUACAAUGAAUACUGACUUAAUAUACGAAUUAUUUAUCAAUCGAAUCAAAUGUAAUUUACAUUAUUUAAGUUAUACAACUUAUUUAUAAAUAUACUAAAAACUAAACUACAAAACUUAAAAUCUAAAUCUAAAAAUAAAUAAAAAUAGACUUAAAAUAAAAUAAAACUAUCCCCCUGCGGCAUGGUGCCGUAGAUGCUAGUAGCAUUUCCUCGCUGUAUCGCAAGACUAAUUCUUUGAGCGAGGAAGCUGCCAGCUCUGCGGUCACCGGUGACCUCUCUAAUCCUUUUCGAAAGUUCCUUAAAAAAGUUAAAGGCGCUAUUAAAUUAAUCAAAUUAAAUAUUUUUCAAUAUAAACAAACAUAUUAAAUUAUUAACGGCAGUAUUUUUAAAGUAAAACUCAUUUACACUACGUGGUUUCUAUGAAUUCGUGACAUAAUAAAAAAUAAAGUUAUAACUCCCUGGGGAGUUAUAGCUUUUUUUUUCACAAUCCAUAACUCCCGCUGGAACAAUAUAGGCCUUUGUCCUGCAGUACACCUGCUUGAAAUAAGAUCUUUUUCAAGCAACUGUGAUGAAAACAAAUUGAAAGAGCCUCGCAAAUGUGGGAAUCCGGUCACGGCCACGGCUAGAUUAGUUGACGCUACGCAAUUGAGUUUAAUUUCAUCGACUUGCUCGGUGCCGGGCGGCGCGGCGUUGGUUGGCGCCGCCGAUCGCGUGCGUCCAGACCGCGACCUUAACAACAAUUCCUAGCUGAGCAACUUUUCAAAUCUCGAAUUUUUGAAGUUUCUGUCGCGCUGCGGUGGGCGGAAAUGCCUGCGUGCGAUAAGAACAACUGCAGCUCGGACUAAAAUUCCCACGCAAAAAAACUCAAAAACCGUGGUUUCGCUUUCGACUGUUUCCUCCUCCAAAACGCAACCAAUCAUUAUGAAAUUUUGGAAACUGCAAGAGGAAGAAAUAAUCUAUGCCGCUAUGUUUUGAUUUUUUGGAUAUUUGUUGACAUAUUUGUAUACUGUGCCUUUUUUUGCAGCCAAUUCAAUUGAGCAGUUUUUGCGAUUUUCUAAGCGCUGUAAGUUUCUUCAAAAUAAAAUAAUCGAAAAAGGCAAAACAUAACGGCACAGAUAUUGAUGAUAUUAUUCUUACUUGAAAAAAUCAUUCCUCUAGGUUAAAAAUCCGGGGAGGAAACAGUCGAAAGCGUUUGUAUGGAAAAAUCGCAAUUAGGAAUUCCUCUUAAGAUCACUCUGAACACCACCCGCUUAAUUAAUUUAACUGCUAACCACAAGUUAGUUAAUUAAAUACGUUUAAUUGGUCUAUAUUAUUUUGUUCCCCUUUUCAAUAUUUUGGAUUAUUUAUGUAGUUCAAUACAUCUUGAAUAUGGAGGCAAUUAAGCCGGAACGUAAAAUUCUAAAUUGUAGAAGUUCAUUUUAUUUAUUACAAACGGUCGAGUAUACAUCCGCGUAGUCAUUUUAAACUUUUUAUAAGCAAAGUUGAACCGUACGCUCAUUUAACCUUUUUGACGCCAAUGACGAAUAUAUCCGCACCGUAGGUCCAACGCCGAAGACGGAUUAAACCGUCACAGACCACAGAGCAGCUUAGACCUACCUAUUUCAAUUUUGACACUUCGGUGACAUGGCGUCCGAAUGACAGCUUUUGUGUUUGACAUGGCGUGGAAAAGGUUAAAAACAUGUACACUCCUUUUUAGAUAACCUUAUUUAAGCCCAUAGAGAUAACUUCAUUUUAUUGAUCAGCUAGUCUUCAACUUUGCUUAAAAGUUUACCAUGACUGGGGCAUAGGGUCUUAUACCAUAUUAGGAUUAAUGGUGAAGCGGCUUAUAGAAUUAUUUAUUUAUUGUUUUUGAUACUAUAUGGGUGAUGAUUAGGAGCUUGGUUGAGAUAUACGCCUUAUACUUUAUGUACUCAUAAAUAAACUUAAUUCCAAAUUAAGAUUAGGUAUAACGAAGUUAGGUCAAUACGGGUAAGUGAGGAUGGCCUUCACAUUGGGGCCGGUUUACACAUUGAUUAGCAACUUCUAUGAAAUUAUGACAUUUACUUAACACUUGCACAGGCUGGGCUAUAACAAUCGCUGCCAACUUAGCUUGGUAACUCUAAACUCAAAGCAAAGGUAUGAACUCGUAAGAAACACCAAUCAAUGUGUUAACAGCCCCAAUGUGAAGGCCAGCCACACGGGGCUUUUGAGAAAUUUACUAAUAAAUAAAAAUACAUUAAAAGUACGUAUAUCUCAAACAAGAGGAACUACUAGUUUAGUGUAUUUAAUCUUAGUAUUUUAGCAAUACGGAGAUAUAAAAUAUUUUUUCAUUGGAUAAUUUAUUCAAGUCUAAUGAAAUAAAAUGCUGAAUGCUUCCGGCUUGUCAUUUAUGAUAUACACUUGUUGAAAUAUAGAAAAGCAAUAGAAACUAAAGUUCAAUUUAUUGUCAUAUUUAAAAUGUGUAAAAAAUAAAGGAAUAAUUCGUAAAUA